CCAACAUGUCUGAUACCAUAGCCAGCAAGGAGGAAGCCGCCCGUAUUUUUGACCGGCUCAAGAAAAACCCCGCCAACCAAGUCUGUUUUGACUGUCCCAACCGGAAUCCUACGUGGACGUCGAUUCCAUUUGGUAUUUUCCUCUGUUUGGAAUGUAGUGCAGUCCACAGAAACCUUGGUGUUCACAUUUCAUUUGUCAAGUCGCUGAACUUGGACUCGUGGCAAAGAAUCCAGCUUAGAAAUUUCAAAUUUGGCGGCAAUCAACAGGCCAAAGAGUUUUUUUCCAAACAUGGAGGCUCUCAGUUUGUCACCAACAAGAACGGAGUAGAUGCCACUGCUAAGUACACAUCGCCCGUGGCGGUGAAAUACAAAGAAAGAUUGAAACAGAAAGCCGUCGAAGAUGCUGCAAAACAUCCAGACGUUGUCACGUUGGACGACGCCACGGAUAACAUGCUGUUGUCUGACUCGGCCGGCGAAUCGCUGAACGACGACUUCUUCUCCAACUGGACCAAACCGAUUAAUCUGACACCAUCACCUUUGUCUUCAAAGAACGUGACUCCAACUGCUUCCACAGACGACUUGAGUCUUGCUACGAAGAAGAAAGCAGUUUCGACUCGUGUGUCGUCAUCGACGAUCACUUCAUCGCGUUUGAAGAAUGGAGCUACGGCAAAAACACUGAUUCUCUCGUCGAAAGGAUCUGGUCCUAGAAGUUCCCGUUUAGCCGCAAAGAAAAUCAAUAAAAAUGACGAAGAAAUCGACUUUGACGAGAUCGAAAGAAAGGCCAAACAGGAAGCGGAAGAAGCUAAGAGAUUGGGCUACAACCCCAACGAGACUGGAGUCUCUGGUUCUGGCUCUGGCUCUUCUUUCACAUCUGGACCUCCAGUUCCCAAGAAAGCACCUUUGUCGUUAUCCAGCAGUAAUAGUAGAAGUAAUGACGAGCCUGUGGUUCUUGCUGCCCCUGUCCAAGAAACCACACAGCAGUUCCAGAAGUUGGGCUUCGGUAUGACCAUGGGAGAUAACGUCGUGGCUUCAGCAUCCUCCAAGAAGUAUAAAGAAGUCAAGUACACUGGCGAAGUCACAAAUAAAUUCGGUACCCAGAAGGGUAUUUCCUCCGAUGAGUUCUUUGGAAGAGGCCCCAGAUUUGACGAGCAGGCACAGAACGAGGCCAAGUCCAAAUUACAAGCAUUCAACGGAGCCCAGUCCAUCUCUUCUUCGUCUUACUUUGGCGAAGAAGAAACAGCUGCUGGUGCUUCUAGAGGUAACCGUAGCAGCUCCCUUUCUGGACAGUUGGGUGAUUUUGAAGCCUCAGCCAGAGACUUUGCUUCCAAAUUCUCUGGUAAUGCCAACCAAGACUUGGACGUGUUGAAGGACGCUUUGGAAGACGGUGCAAACAAGUUAGGUUCGUACUUAAGGGAUUUCUUGAGGUGAUCAAUGAGACCUGAUGUCUAGUCUAAAUCGAAUGUCAAAAAGUCUGAAAUUCAAAUUUCAUAUAAGCUCCGAAUCUCAGCCUUGAAAGUCUAUAUCUCAAGCCAAACCCUGAUUCAUCUAUGUAUGAAUACAAUAUUCACCACUGAAUACUCAUCUCCAUUUCAUUUUGCCUACAAGUGUUUCUAGUUUCGUUCCGAAACUAACCAGUGUGACCCACUUGUUAUUUAUCCGUAUAUAUUUCAAUAUGUAACACAUACUUCUGAAGCCAUAGAUGGUAAUUUAAUAAACCUUUUAUUCUU